AUGGGCAAGAGUAAGAAGAAGAACCAGGGCGAACCGCCACUUGGUGAUUUUCGCAAAUGUCCCUCCGCCCGUAAGCUCUUUGAGACUCUCGGCCGGGCAUUUCCUGUCAAGGUCAACAAACAGCGUACCCUCAACAGCUUUGUCAUAUGGCUUAUCGAACGCCUGAUUGACAAGGACGUGUCCAACCCAUCAAGCGCUGAAUCCGAACUCAAAGAGUGGUAUCAGCUGCUCAAGAGCUGCCGCAUUGACGACCAGACCAUCAUUGAUGGUUUUGUCGAGCUAGAGCAGACCCACGUCUCAGAGCACCCCUCUCGACGCGAGACGUCUUCACAUCCUCCAUCCAAAACUUCAACAGCUCAAAAGAUUCAAAAGCUCUCGGGCACUUUGUCCAAGCCCAUGGAUGAACACAAGCAUCUCAAUCGGCGGGUGUCAGUCCUGAGGAUUGUUGCUGGCCCUGACCCUUCAAAGUCAACGAAAGAUUACACCCAUCCGGAUAGAAGACUGUCAGGCCCACCGGCCCGCAAUGACUCUACCGCUGCCUUUGAAGGAGACAUGAGCGAUUAUAUCCAUCCUGGAAGAAGGGCUCUUGUCAGCACACCACAAGAGUCUCCGAAACAUGAUUCUCCGCCGCCAACAUUGGCUCAUAUGCACCCGGAUAGGGCUGCAUCUGUCUCGGUGGGCCACUCCUCUCCUGCUCCCGAGAUCAUGUAUGGCCGCAUGCAUCCUGAUAGGAUGAAGUUUUCUCGAGAGGCUGCUCCUGAGCCUGGAGAGCUGAUUGAAAAGGUAGUUCCCGCUGCUGACUGCAUUCGAACGGGAACAGGAAGACAGGGCAAGAGUAACACAUUUGAUCCUGCCUGCCCCGAUUUGCCGUUUUUAUCAGGAGCAAAUGCAAUGGCCAUGGAAGACUUGGUGAGGCUGAGAGAGAAGAAAAAGCAGGAGCAGGAGUGGGAAAAGUGGGAGCAGGAGGAGAAGCAGAAGCAGAUGCAAAAGGAGAAGCAGAAGCAGAAGCAGAAGGAGAAGGAGAACGAGAACGAGAACGAGAACGAGAACGAGAACGAGAAGGAGAAGGAGAAGGAGAAGGAGAAGGAGAAGGAGAAGGAGAAGGAGAAGGAGAAGGAGAAGGAGAAGGAGAAGGAGAAAGACAAGGAUCUCUCCUUUCUUACCGGUUCCAACCGAAUGGUGUUCGGUGAUGACUGGGCGUUGGCCAGAACGAAGAAGAAAAAGAAGAAGGCCGCGCAAACUGAGCUAGUUUUGGAGUACGGUGAGAGCCCGGUUGACGUGGGAAACGCCAAAUCGGCUACCAAUGGUGACAAGGAGUUUACCAUACCGGGAAACUAUGUGUGCAACCGUUGCAACGUGCGUGGUAAGUAUGAACCCCCAGGCAUGAUAUUACUGCUGUUAACCCUAUUAGGCCAUCUUAUUCAAGAUUGCCCAACGAACGGGGACUGGCGAUAUGCCGUCAAAGCACCCGAGGACUACACUUGCAAUUUUUGUGGAAAACAGGCAGAUCACUAUAUUGAUGACUGCCCGCGGAAGCCUUCGAAAGGCUCGCGCAACGGUCAAACUGAGCGUGACGCGCCUCGGAGAGUCGUCAGUGAUACCAUCCGAGAUUCCGUCAUAGACUCCUACCGACCCGAGCCCCGCUCCCACAAGCGACAUCGCAGUAUGGACAGUGAGUUUGACGAUGAUGGCUAUUUGGCCUCGAGACCUCACCGCCGUGGGACGAGGGGCCGGAAGUCUCGGCGUGCAGAUGAUGACCCAGAGAGCAACGUGUCUAUUCGGGGAAGGGCUGGUACGAACGACAGUCCUUGGGGUGAUUUGAAGUCUUCCAUCGUGGGUUAUCUCGAUCCAGACAAGCCGGUUGGUGACGAACCCCCCACCAAGGUCUACACCAACCGCAGGCCUCCGCCCGUCAGCCCGGACCCCCGUGAGGAGGGACGGCUUUCGUAUUAUGAUGUGCCAUCUGAAGACGCGCAGCCCGAGCACUCCACUUUGAAGAAGAAUAAGAAGAAGAAGACGCCCCCGAAGAAAACGCAGCUGGUUGUGCCCAAGUUCGAGAGAUCCCCUAUUCGUAUCGCCAAUGCGCCGCCCCCCAGAAUUCGAGUUGGCCCACAGCAGGUCGGCCAAAUGAUUGAGGAAGAGAAGGACAAGAACGACUUGAUCCCCUCGUUCUUCAAGAUGUUUUUGGGCAAGAAGGUCUAUUGCAGGACCAAGGCCAAGCGUCCAGUGGCAAUUGACUUUAUUGAUAUGCCCUCCGAGCGUGAGGGGGGCGAUGACGAUGCCAUGGAGAUUGACCAGGCUCAAGAUUCUGUCAAGAAUGAGCAAGGCGAUAUGUCCGCCCAGCUGAAGAGCCGGCUCUCGCCUGGGCCCUCGGUGGACGAGCCACAGCAGGCGACUAAUUCUUCUGUCAUCCAACACCUCCACGGUGUCAUCGACGUGGAUGAUGAUGUUGUCAUGACUGAGGCUAGGUCGUCUGUCAUUGUCAGCGGGUUGGGAGACGUUACCGACCUCACUGGGCUAUCUGAUGGCGAGUCCCAGAGCCACAUUGUGGUGGUUGAUGAUUAG